AUGAAAAAGAAACUCCAUGAUGCUCGAGUGCAAGUCAAGUCUGUAUUUUCGAGUCGAGUCAGCGCUAACGGCGCUACCAUCAAUAAAACCCAUAUCGCGAUGUCGCCAAGCUCGCCAUGGGGCAUUCUGCACAUAGCCGACGGCUGGAUAUCUUUUGAUCAUAGGGCAGCCGAGCAAAUACUAUUUCGGGUGCGAGAUGAUAGCUCUUACUUCAUUCGAUUCCCAUAUCGUGGAUCCGAUGACAAGUGCUCUUUCAGCCGAACCCUCCAGUGGAUCAACUAA